AUGGUGAACGCGAGCCGCGUGCAGCCGCAGCCGCCGGGGGCCGCCCAGCAGCCGCCCGCGCCCCGAGCGCCGCGCCCGGGCCGGCCGGCGGCGGGCGGCGCGGCCGGGGGAGCCGGCCUGGCGGCCCCGGGCGGCCUCCGCGAGCCGCGGGGCCUGGAGAUGGAGAUGGAGCGCAUCCGCCAGGCGGCCGCGCGGGACCCCCCGGCCGGCGCCUCGGCCUCGCCGUCCCCGCCGCUCUCGUCCUGCUCGCGGCAGGCGUGGAGCCGCGACAACCCGGGCUUCGAGGCCGAGGAGGACGAGGAGGAGGAGGAGGUGGAGGGGGAGGAAGGGGGAAUGGUGGUGGAGAUGGACGUGGAGUGGCGCCCGGGCAGCCGGCGGUCGGCCGCCUCCUCCGCCGUGAGCUCCGGGGGCGCCCGGGGCCGGGGACUCGGGGGCUACCCCGGCGCGGGCCACCCGAGCGGGAGGCGGCGGCGGCGAGAGGACCGGAGCCCCCCGAACCCCAGCCCGGCGGGCGGCGGGGACCCGCUGCAUCGCCACCUCCCGCUGGACGGGCAGCCGCCGCGAGUGGCCUGGGCGGAGAGGCUGGUGCGCGGGCUGCGAGGUCUCUGGGGAACAAGACUUAUGGAGGAAAGCAACACGAACCGAGAGAAGUACCUGAAAAGCGUUUUGCGGGAGCUGGCCACCUACCUCCUCUUUCUCAUCGUCCUGUGCGUCUUGACCUAUGGGAUGAUGAGCUCCAGUGUGUACUACUACACACGCGUCAUGUCACAGCUCUUCCUCGACACCCCCGUGUCCAAGGUGGAGAAAACCAGCUUUAAAACGCUUUCUUCAGUGGAAGACUUCUGGAAGUUCACAGAAGGUGCCUUGUUGGAUGGGCUGUACUGGAAGACACAGCCCGGCGACAGAACUGAAGCUGACAACCGAAGCUUCAUCUACUACGAGAACCUCCUGUUAGGGGUGCCACGGAUACGGCAACUCAGAGUCAGGAACGGAUCCUGUUCUGUACCCCAGGACUUGAGAGAUGAGAUUAAAGAGUGCUAUGAUGUCUACUCUGUCAGUAGUGAAGACAGGGCUCCAUUUGGUCCAAGGAAUGGAACUGCUUGGAUUUACACGAGCGAAAAAGACUUGAAUGGGAGUAGCCACUGGGGAAUGAUCGCAACUUACAGUGGAGCUGGCUAUUACCUGGAUUUGUCAAGGACAAGAGAGGAAACAGCCACUCAGAUUGCUAGUCUCAAGAAAAAUGUCUGGCUAGAUCGAGGAACCAGGGCAACUUUCAUUGACUUUUCAGUGUACAACGCCAACAUUAAUCUGUUCUGCGUGAUCAGGUUAUUGGUUGAAUUCCCAGCAACAGGCGGUGUGAUUCCAUCUUGGCAAUUUCAGCCUGUGAAGCUGAUCCGAUAUGUCACGACUUUUGAUUUCUUCCUGGCAGCCUGUGAGAUUAUCUUCUGUUUCUUUAUCCUCUACUAUGUGGUGGAAGAGAUAUUGGAGAUUCGCAUCCACAAGCUACACUAUUUCAGGAGUUUCUGGAAUUGUCUGGAUGUUGUGAUCGUUGUGCUAUCAGUGAUGGCUAUAGGAAUUAACAUACACAGAACAUCAAGCGUGGAGGUGCUGUUACAGUUCCUGGAAGAUCAAAAUACCUUCCCCAACUUCGAGCAUCUGGCAUACUGGCAAAUACAGUUCAACAAUAUAGCUGCGGUCAUAGUAUUUUUUGUCUGGAUUAAGCUCUUCAAAUUCAUCAACUUCAACAGGACCAUGAGUCAGCUCUCCACAACCAUGUCUCGGUGUGCCAAAGACCUCUUUGGUUUCGCAAUUAUGUUCUUCAUUAUUUUCUUAGCCUAUGCUCAGUUGGCGUAUCUUGUCUUUGGCACUCAGGUUGAUGACUUCAGCACUUUCCAAGAGUGUAUCUUCACUCAGUUCCGCAUCAUUCUGGGUGAUAUCAACUUCGCAGAGAUUGAGGAAGCUAAUCGAGUUUUGGGACCACUUUAUUUCACUACAUUUGUAUUCUUUAUGUUCUUCAUUCUUUUGAAUAUGUUCUUGGCCAUCAUCAAUGACACUUACUCUGAAGUGAAAUCUGAUUUGGCUCAACAGAAAGCUGAAAUGGAACUCUCAGAUCUUAUCAGAAAGGGCUACCAUAAAGCCUUGGUCAAACUAAGACUAAGAAGAAAUACUGUGGAUGACAUUUCAGAGAGUCUGCGGCAAGGGGGAGGCAAGUUAAACUUUGAUGAACUUCGACAGGAUCUCAAAGGGAAGGGCCAUACUGAUGCAGAGAUUGAGGCAAUCUUCACAAAGUACGACCAAGAUGGAGACCAGGAGCUGACUGAGCAUGAACACCAGCAGAUGAGAGAUGACUUGGAAAAGGAGAGGGAGGACCUGGACUUGGAUCACAGCUCUUUACCACGUCCCAUGAGCAGCAGGAGUUUCCCACGGAGCCUGGACGACUCCGAGGAGGAGGACGAUGAAGACAGUGGGCACAGCUCCAGAAGGAGAGGAAGCAUCUCCAGUGGGGUUUCUUACGAAGAGUUUCAAGUCCUGGUGAGACGAGUGGACCGCAUGGAGCACUCCAUCGGCAGCAUUGUGUCCAAGAUCGAUGCUGUGAUAGUGAAGCUGGAGAUCAUGGAGCGCGCCAAACUGAAGAGAAGGGAAGUGCUGGGAAGACUGCUGGAUGGAGUGGCCGAGGAUGAAAGACUGGGUCGUGAGAGUGAAAUCCACAGGGAACAGAUGGAACGGCUAGUGCGUGAAGAGUUGGAACGCUGGGAAUCUGAUGAUGCAGCUUCCCAAAUAAGUCAUGGCUUAGGCACUCCCGUGGGACUAAAUGGUCAGCCUCACCCCAGAAGCUCCCGCCCUUCUUCCUCUCAGUCUACAGAAGGAAUGGAAGGCGUGGGUGGAAACGGGAGUUCCAAUAUGCACGUGUAG